AGCAUGAAGCUGAGCCGAGACGUUCGUCAAUAAAGGAGCGAUAAGAAGAAGAAUCCCGGAACAAACUUUGUUAUGCAAAACAGAUUCCAGAUCAGUGGAAGCGCUCAGUUCGCUGCGUGCAUGUGCGCGUCAACAUGCAGAGUGACCGUGUUUUGAAACGCAGUCUGCGUUAAGAUCGUGCACAGGCGGAACCAGCACACGGACUCUCCAAAAAAAAAAAAAAAAGCGCGUGGCAGUGAUCAUGUUCGACUUCGUAGAAUUCCACGCCGCUGGUCCUGGGAAUAUCCUGGACGUGUGCGGAUCCAGUCCUGCCCGCGUGCUCCAGGAGCGGGAUGUGGAAGACUGCUUCCCAGAACUCUCCGAGCUGGACUGGAACACCUACUGGUGCUCACAGUCAGUCGGAAGCCAGAGCUGCAGCUCCAGCUUGGACGACCCGUUCACCAGUGCCCCCUCCCCGCCGCCCCCUCCUCGCACAUAUAAACCCUGUUUUGUCUGUCAAGACAAAUCAUCAGGAUACCACUAUGGAGUCAGUGCGUGUGAGGGCUGCAAGGGCUUCUUCCGCCGCAGUGUGCAGAAGAACAUGGUGUACACGUGCCACUGGGACAAAAACUGCAUCAUCAACAAGCUCACCAGAAAUCGCUGUCAGUACUGCCGGCUGCAGAGGUGCUUCACUGUGGGAAUGUCCAAGGAGUCAGUGAGAAAUGACAGGAACAGGAAGAAAGGGAAGCAGGAAGCAGUGAAGUUGACAAUCAUGGAGACUUACGAGCUGACGGCAGAGCUGGGCCUGAUAGUGGAGAAGAUCUGCAGAGCCCACAGAGAGACGUUCCCUUCCCUCUGCCAGCUGGGAAAAUACACCACGAACUCCAGUUCUGACCACAGGAUUCAGCUGGACCUCGGCCUUUGGGAUAAGUUCAGUGAGCUCGCCACCAAGUGCAUUGUGAAGGUGGUGGAGUUUGCCAAGCAAGUCCCAGGAUUCACCGGACUGACCAUCUCUGACCAGAUCACUCUGCUCAAAGCUGCAUGUUUGGACAUCCUGGUAUAUUUGAGGAUUUGCCACCGCUACACCCCCGACCAAGACACCAUGACCUUUUCUGAUGGGUUGACUCACCGGACACAGAUCCACAAUGCUGGAUUUGGGCCUCUUACAGAUCAGGUUUUCAAUUUUGCUGGGCAGCUGCUGCCGCUGGAGAUGGACGAUACUGAGAGUGGCUUGCUUAGCGCCAUCUGCCUUGUCUCUGGAGACCGUCAGGAUUUAGUUGAGCCGUCCAAGGUGGAGGUGCUGCAGGAGCCCUUACUGGAGGCGCUGAAAAUCUAUUCCCGUAAACGACGGCCCAGCAUGCCCCUCAUGUUCCCCAAAGCCCUCAUGAAGAUCACAGAUCUACGGACUAUCAGUGCUAAAGGGGCUGAACGGGUGGUGACACUGAAGAUGGAGAUCCCCGGCUCCAUGCCUCCUCUGAUCGAAGAGAUGCUGGAGGACCUUCAAAACUUCGAGCUGCAUCAGAAUACACACUCAACAGAAAGCAGCAGAAUGGAACAAAACACCAGUCAACAUGUGCACACCAUCUCAGCACAACACUUAAACUCAGGAUUCUCAUUCUAAAGCACAUCAAGAACAUUCUCCACAAUCACUUAUCCAUUCCACAGGACUAACCCAGUCCAUAGAAUUACUAAUGUCAAAGAAAAAAUUUUCAAACAUGAAGGGAUUUAAUAUCCUUGAUGAGAUACUGAAUCCAUAAAUUGCUCAUCCUUGGGACUCAUUGCCACCCUCAAUUCCACAGUGAUGUAGUA